AUGGAUUUCUCCACAUCUUCAUCAACCUCAUCUUCCUCCCACCACCAUCCCUACCAGUAUAACAACUUCUACUCAACAUCGCCAGCCUCUUCACGCACGGCGACGACAAGGACCCCGCCGUCUCACAAAUUGGCUGCUACUCCUUUACAGCAGAUUCAUCGUUCGGCUUCUGCAUCGGCCCUUGUCGCCAGUGGUUCCUCGCGGGCUAGUAGCUUCGGCUCUUCGUCCGUCAAGAAGUCGACCACAUCAACUAGUCCUAGUGCUCCACCUGUGCCAAACAUCCCUUCCUUUCUCAAGAAUAGUAACAACAGCUCCAUCUUCUCGAACACGUCAGGCCCUCCAAUCAAUUCGUUCUCGACUUCUCGUCCUAGCAGUGCCAAGUUGACUAUCGACACAUCACUCUCUAACGGCUACUCGAAUAAACAAACCCAACAUCAGAAUCAGAAUCAGAAUCAGAGCCAGUAUCAAAAUCAGUAUCAAAAUCAAUAUCAAAAUCAAUAUCAAAACCAGUCCCAAUUUGUUUCCGACACUGGAUUUUUUGCUACCAAUCAAUUUGCCUCAUCGACGGCAUUAUCGUCCAAUAGAAAAGUUUCCGUCAGCAGGGAUGGAAACUUGAAUAACAUUGGAAGCGGUACCGGACAUCGCAGAGAUCAAGAUCGACACGAAUUACAUACUGGGUUUCGGGACUCAUUAGUUGAUAAUCUCCUUCUCGAUUUCGACAAGCUUGGCCAGGACUUCUCAUGCGACCCUGUCUUUGAUAAAUUCCUGGAUCCCUAUUACCACGAUCCCGACCACGUUGUUGUUGGACCUGGCCAGGGGGUCUCUUACUCUUACCGGGAUUCGGACUACGGCCGAAGCCAACUUCAGAGUCGACACAGUCAAAGAAAGCGAUCUGAUAGCAAUCCCGUUAGCUAUCGCCGCUUCUACGACGCACCCCAGUCGCCUAAGCAAGGCUACUUACGAGAGGAGGACGAAUUAUUUGAACACAAUAGCACACUAGUUUACACGUCUGACGGCCGGUUUAUCACCACACCCCCUCAAUCGCGUCGUGGCCCCCCUCCAAGCCGCCAACAGACUUACUCAUUCGAACCAUUCAGUGACGCAGCUCCGACACCAAGAAUAUCAAACAGGUCUCGUGCAAGGGAGCCAGAGAUUCCCAGACAGCCCAACCAUCUCCAACGAAAAAGAUCAACGAGAUCAAAUAAAAGCCUAAGACGUACAACAGACAUCAUGGCUGAACAAUCUACGCUUCCAACAAUACCUUCUGAGAUGGCUCAUACAGAGGCAGUAGCGACACCUCCUAAACCGGCCUCUAAACCAGGGUUCUUCAGAAGAGUAUUUGGGGGAGGAGGAGGUGGUGGUAGUAGUGGCGGCGGCGGCGGUGGUGGUGGUGGUGGUGGAGGAACUAGUCUUGCGAAACCAAUACCGCCACCAGCCCCAGUACAGCCAACCAUUUCAGAUACAGAUCGACCUAUAGAUGGCGUUAAACGACAAGCAUCAGUUAUUGUCAACGCUGUUUCCGAUGUACCUGAGCAAGUGCCUCCAAAGACGCCCCAAUUGGUGACUAAGAAAUCAUCCGGAUUUUUCAGGCGCCGGAAGAGGUCUGUCUCAGAACACGACCCUGUGCCCAUGCUACCAAGCAAUAUUACACACCACCACCGAGGAUCAGAACCUCACCUUUCUCAUUCACAAAAUCAAUCAGGCAAUACCCGACCGGAUACUGCGAUCAGCCGUUCACAAAGUAGGGCACAGGACUAUCAUCACGACCGAGAGGCUUCUGAGGCGGGUGUCGCUCCUAACGUUGUGACAUCUUCACCCAGCAACAGAAAUCCUUCUGGGACUCGAUCUCGACGUCUCACGAUCAGGAGCAUCGAGUCUGAACUACCCAACCGAAUUGUCACAGACAAGGGAAUUGAUCCUACUCCAGAGAAAAUCACGACCGCCGCUAAUAUCAACAUUGACGAUCUCGCCGCCGCUUCAUCUACUACGAAGGACAUGUACGCACCACCGAGAGGCGAACCGACUCCUAUUCAGAAACCAAUUGUGGAUUUAUCACAACCGAAGCCACAUCCGCACUUUGAAGGAACAUUUCUACAGGACGACGACAGUGACUCCGGUACCGAAACUAAUGGUAACUGCACAAAUAUCACGGAAAACCCAAGCAAGUCGCUCGAGACCGAAAGAACAACGUCGACAGGAGAUGUCUUUUAUGACGCUCUCAGUAGCGCCGGAAGAAACAACUCUGUUGCCGAGUCUAAAGAAUCCGCAGCCAUGAUGCCAGUUGUUGUAUUACCGCAGUCUGAAGAUGACGAGAAACGGGGAAACACAGCUGCAAACUCACAAAAGAUUCUUCGUGCAAUGGAAGAAGAGCAUGAAGGCCAGCCAUCACAAGAGGAGAAGGAAGCCGCUCGGAAAAUAUUCGAGGGGGAUGAAGAUUUUUUGCCAAAAGCCAAAGCGGCAGCUUUUUUGGGGGAGGCUGGAGCCCCAAGUUCCCGCAUCCGUACGGCCUAUAUGGCUUUGCAUGACUGGACUGGCGUAAACAUCCUCAUUGCAUUUCGCGGGCUUUGUGAAAAACUCGUACUGAAAGGAGAAACUCAGCAAGUUGACAGAAUUGUUUCCGCGGUCGCUAAGCGAUGGUGCGAUUGCAAUCAAAAUCACGGGUUUAAGAAUGUUGAUGUUGUUCAUACCAUUCUGUACUCGAUUCUCCUUGUCAAUACGGACCUCCAUAUCGCCGAUCUUACGUCGUCACAAAGGAUGACAAAGGCCCAAUUCGUAAAGAAUACCAUAGCAACUAUUAAGCGAGGCCUUUCCGUUGACGAGAACGACAAUCCUCGGGAUAUCGCAAGAUGCCAGACCCCAUACGAGUUGGACGAGCCUGAUGACACCCACCACAUUAGCACAGGUGGCGGCCUGAGCAAGAGACUGUCUUUCAUUCGGGGCCCUGCUGCUGUUCAGCGGUUUUUCGAUGACCAAUCUACCGAAAAUUUUGCCUCGGUCGAUGGUAAUGGCACUGGUGGGGAAAAUGGUGGCCCUCUCAUUAACGCACCGUUCCUCGGAAAUGCUCGACAGUGGGAACACACGGUGGAAUUGAUUCUAAAAGAUUUUUACGUUUCAAUCAGGGCAACUGCGCUCCCUCUUCACGGUGUGACUGGCAAUGAGAGAUCCCCUGAUAGCGCGACAGUCCCGACGAGUUUAGGGAAAGAGCUUCGCAGGACCAAUAGUACGGUUAGCAAAGCUCCGUCCGAGAGCUCCAUGUCGAUGCGUUAUGGUGGAAGCUUCGGAUCAAGCAUCGGAAACAACAGCACGACAAGACUUGGAUCAAAGUGGAAAAACAAUCGAUCGCGGCCUCGUCUUUAUCCUGGUUCUUUUGCCGGCUCCUCGCGUACUAGCUUUGAUGAUAGACUCUGGAGUCCUUCAGCAUCCAGCACAUGGAGCAAGUAUUCUCUAGACAAGACAGCAACUACGAUGAUGUCUACUGACUCGCUUGGAUCAGGUUUUGGUCAAGGCGACUAUAUGCAGAGUAUAGGAUUUGCAAAUGCCUUGUCCACGGCCAUAAUCCGUGAGGAAACGGGCUAUAGUGGAUUGCCAUCUGAUGAUGGCGAGCACAGCAUUCAACAGACCGUUCUUGAUGACGAUGUCGAUGAGCUGGCCUUGUAUGGUGCUCCGUGGGCCAAGGAAGGAAUGAUUAAGCAUAAGCAUCACCUCGAAGCUGCUGACAAGAGGGCUAAGAACCGCGGUUGGGUCGAGUGCUUUGCUGUCGUCGAAAAAGGAUGGAUGAGGCUAUUCCUUUUCUCAAGUGACAAAAAGAAGGUCACGCAGGGUAUUGUCGGGGGAGGAAAUUGGAUGGAAAAUGCCGAGCCAAUUGGUUCCUUUAUGCUGAGGCAGACUCUUGCUUCGGCGCUCCCACCGCCAGGGUACUCCCGCUCAAGACCACAUGUCUUCGCUUUAUCGCUCCCUAAUGGUGCGGUCCACCUUUUCCAGUGUGGAACUGCGGAUAUUGUGAAGGAGUGGGUUAGUACUGCCAACUAUUGGUCCGCCCGCCUAUCGAAGGAACCCCUAGUCGGAGGUGUUAGCAAUAUCGAAUACGGAUGGAAUAAUUGCGUUGAUAUUGAAGCUUUGGCAUCUCAGCCGCCCCCAACUAGCGGUCAUCAACCACGCCCGAGCUUUCAGGGUAGCAUGAGGAGCUCGAUGGAUCACCAUGGUGGCUUUAGGGCCAGACUUCCGGGCGAUAAGGCUAAUAUUGCUGAUUGGAGUCCUCCUGCCCAAAGUAUGUUUGCCAGCCCGCUGUCGGAAGCAGAGCAAUUCCGGGCUUUGGAAGCAUAUGUUUCGAGCAUCGAAGGUGAUCUCCAGAGGCACAAUGAGCUCCGAGGAGCAAUGUUACUAGCUUUCACUCCGAGACACCCAAACUACAACAAGGCGAUGAACAACUGGGAGCGCAAGUCCAGCUAUUUGCUCAAAGAAAUAGUCAAAUUUCGAACCUACAUAGAUGUCUUAUCUUUUGCUGCUAUUUCGAAGGAUAGGAUAUUCAAAGAGAAGGAGCAGAGGGCGCUCGAAUUAGCAGCGGGAAAGGCAGAAAGAUUGGCCGAACUCUCCAAUUUACCCGACACAUCGGCGGGAAUACAGGCAUAG